AUGCUCCUGGUGCCAAUUGAACAUUCUUCAAUGAUGGUGACUAUUGCUGUAUGCAAUAACGCAGAUAAGCCUCCGGAAUCAAUAUAUAAGGCACCUGAAACUUGUCCAGAUGUAGAUUAUAUUAUUGACUACGUGCGUUUGCUGAAAGAUUUAAGAAAGAAGCGCAAUCAGAGCCGUGCAACAAUGUGUAUUAACGCUGGUAAGAGACCCGAAGGAUCUCGAGGUAUCACCUUCGAUAUAGCUAAUAUAAGAGGACCGGUGUGGUAG